AAAUCAAAACAAUCAGUGUCCCGAAUGCUGUUGAAUUAAGAGAAACACAUGGGGCAAGAGUUUUUAGUUAAAACAAUCUUUUUAUUUUUUGCAAAGUAUAGAUUUUCUUAGGAUGUUGACUGCUGCCUUACAUGCUCCAGCACGGUAGGUGGCGGUAUGCACCUUAAGGUAGUUCCCCAAUCUGCCUUGAACGCAAAGAAAAAGAGUGGUGUUGCUCUGGCAACGCUUGUGGUCGUUUACGUCUCUUGGCUAAUUCUUCAGUUUGAUGGCAAAAAUAAGCUCAGACACGCUUUGGGAGCUGGCAGCGGCGGAGGUCCAGAGUCAGGAGAGCGGAGCUGGAGAUGGGGACGGAGGCGAGACUGUCUGUGAACGGAGCGUGUUUCUAAUGGGGAGCAAGGCUGGGGGUAAAACGUCCAUUCUCCUCAGAUGUCUGGAGAGGGAUGAGCCACCGAAGCCAACUCUAGCACUGGAGUAUACUUUUGGCAGAAGGGCCAGGGGACACAACACUCCCAAGGAUAUAGCCCAUCUGUGGGAGCUGGGAGGAGGAACAUCUCUUUCAGACCUCAUCCAGAUUCCCAUUACUCUAGUCAGUAUAAGCUCUCUUUCUGUUGUGCUCGUUCUGGACCUGUCUAAACCUAACGGUCUGUGGGGAACCAUGGAGAAACUUCUGCAUGCAGCACAAGCUCAGGUGGAAAAAGUCUCUUCUAACGCACAGAUGUUCAAACCUGGAGCCCAACAGUACAAGGCUGCUCGCUCAGCAGCUCGGGUCUUACCAAGAGAUUACCCAGACAGAGAGCUGAUCAGUCCCUUUCCUGUUCCACUGCUCAUCGUUGGCAGCAAAUAUGACCUCUUUCAGGAAUUUGAAUCUGACAAGAAGAAAGUGAUUAGUAAAACCCUUCGUUUUCUUGCCCACUAUUACACAGCCUCUCUGAUCUUUACUAGCAUUAAAUCUGAGAGCCUCAUGUCAAAAACCAAGAGCUUCUUCUCCGAUCUGGCGUUUGGUCUGGACAGAGGGAAAACUGUGUCCUGUGACUACAGUAAACCUCUCAUCAUUCCAGCUGGCGCUGACUCUUUCAGCCAGAUAGGAUCGCCUCCUACAACAGACGUGGACAUAAUGUCUCUACAUGCAAAAAACCCAAAGGAUCUGUGGAAAAAAGUGUAUGAACGAGUCUUUCCCAGCGAGAGCUCUGGUGAGCAGAGAGACCUGAAGGAUCCAGGCAAAGACCCACAGUACAGUGAGCCUCAAAUUGAUGCAAUGAGGGCACAAAAAGACCAGGAGUUGGAGCAGUAUAAAAGAAAUGCAGCAAAGUCAUGGAAAGAACUGGAGCUGGAGACAUAAGAAAUAACUUUAUUACACACAUGCAUUGUUAUGUACAUUUAUCGAACAUUUUGCUGUAUUUAUUUCAUUUGUUUACAUUUUCUUUUAUAUCUUCAGAAUUUAUGAAUUUUUUGUUAACCAUAAUAAUUGUUUAUUCUCCUGCUAAUAAAACAGGUUCUUCUAAAAACAAA